CUCCCCUCACUCCUUAACCCCCCUGCCACCACCCACUAGCCACCAGCCCACCCAUCCCCCAGCCCCCAGAUCUCGCCUGCUAUAUCCUCCGCGCUCCUACCCUUCCAUCCUCCGGCCAUCCAGAUCCAAUCUCCCGCCGUCGUACGCUCAGGCCCCUUUCGCCAAACGAUCCAUCUGAUCUCCCACACAGGCAAGCCCCACGAGGCCCAUCACGCGCACUCCUUUUAGAGAGUAAACAUUCCGCAUCUUCUUCUUCUUUUCAUCCAUUCGCCAUGUUCCCCUCUCUCGCCCUCCUUCCGCUCCUCGGUUUCCUUGCCCUGCCCCCCGCCCGGGCAGAUGGCGCAGUCACUCUUUAUACCGGAGCCUCUACCACCGCCACCACCACCUCCCUCGCCGCUGGUGAGACCUACACCGGUCUCGCAGCCUACGACCCCACCACUCUUACCGCCCCCACUCCCCCUUCCCCCGCCGUCACAUCCAUCACCAUGUCCAUCCCCUCCAACGGCGACGGUGUUGUCGCUGAAAACCUCGCCCUGUCCAUCCCACAAAAAGGCAACUUUCUCGGGUUCUCGAUAGAGUUGUCAGUCGCGACCUCCAUUAUGGGCGCCCGGAGCGGAACUCUCAAAGUACCGUUUCUGAAUUUCAUGGCCAACAUCCAGAACCGUGCGGGCGCAGGCGCGAUUGUGAGAGUGGGCGGUAACAGUCAAGAAGGCAGUACCAUCUUUGUCGAUGGGCUCGAUGAGGGCGCGGCGAUGGAAAAGAUCAAGGUCUCCUCUGGCGUCGUGAGUACUGCGCAAAGAACCACCACAGUCAGCUGACAACACAUGUGCAGACCGACACGCCCAUCAUCAACUACUCUCCCGAGCUGUUCUACAUCAUGUCGAAUAUCUCAUCGCUCGUCGGUGUCGACUGGUAUUUCGGUCUCGCGUUCAACGAGACGGACGUCGAUUUGCAGAUUGACAACAUCCCUUUGGCGGCUACCUGGGCCCAAGAAAUUCUUGGCGAUAGCUUGCUCGGUCUAAGCGUGGGUAACGAACCAGACUUGUAUGUCGACCACAACCAUCGUGAAGCGGGGUACACCGUCGCCGACUAUGUCUCUGAGUACGACGCCACCCUCGCCUCCAUCAUCGCCAACGGCUCCCUCCUCGACUCCUCCAUGUUCCUCGGCCCCUCGCUCUGCUGCGAAGUCGCCGGAUUUGAAUUCUCCGACCUCCUCUCCGCCGGAUGGCUCGACGACAACGUCGACCGUCUAUCCGCCGUCACCGUCCAACAUUACCCCACCAACAACUGUCAGGUCAACGGCAACGUCAUUAAUGCGCAAGACAUCUUUUCCGACUUUCUGAACCAUACCUCUGCUCAAGCGCUUGUGGGCGCGUAUUUGGCAGACUCGGCGACGGUACAGGACAAGGGCAAGGAGUAUGUCAUGUUGGAGAUGAACACGGCAAGUUGUGGUGGGUUUGCGGGAUUGAGUGAUAGCUUUGGUGCGGCCAUGUGGAUGACGGAUUAUGCGCUGCAGAUGGCGUACGGCAACUUUUCUGCCGCCCUCAUGCACGUUGGUGGGCAGAACGUCUACUACAACCCCUUCACUCCUCCCUCUUCCAACUUGUCGAGUACCCACCAAUGGACCCCCGGAAGCGUCUACUACCCCACCCUCGUCAUCGCCGAAGCCUUCGGCAAGUCCAACAACUCGCGCGUCGUCGACCUCACCCCUCUCGCCGAAGUCGACGCCAACUACAUCUACCACCCCGUCUACGGCAUCUACGAGGACGACGCCCUUGCGAGGAUGGUGCUGUUCAACUUUAUCGAUGAUUCGACGGGUGCGAGCGACUUGGACGUUGUCAUCAAUGUUCAGAAUCAGGGUAGUCCGUCCGAAGUGUAUGUGAGGUACCUGCAAGCGGAUACCGUGAGCGAGCAGUACGACAUCUACUGGGCGAACCAAACUCUCGGCGGGUCCUAUGCCGCCGACGGUCGUUUGUCGGGUGACCAAACAACAUACCAAAUCACCUGCGACCAAACUGCCAACACGUGUACCAUCCCCGUCUUUGCCCCCUCCAUCGCACUCGUCUUCUUCUCCAACGAUGUUCUGGAAGAAUCAAAUGUGGCGGCAGACGCGACGUCGACGUACGCUACGAGUGUCGUUGGGAGCGGGGAUGCGACGGUAGAUGCGGGGAGCUUGGAGACGUCCAAUGGAGGGACUGGGAGUAAGGGGGGCGGAACUUCCAAGGGAAACCAGACUUCGGGUGCGGGGAGAGUCGCCGUGGGCGCUGGAUGGGCUGUAGCCUGUCUGGGUGUUGUCAGCUUGCUGCUAUGACCCUUGCCUCUCCCUCCUUCUUGGUCUUUAACCCUUCUUUGAUUUCGCUCUCCUUCCCUCUUGGGAUCUUUGCACAUACCGUUGUUCAACAUUCUUGCCUUUUCCAUCGUGCUCCAAGCCGACUGUACCUUAUCAUUCCAUAACACAUAACCACAAGUCUUCGCAAUGAUCUUGCUUCUCGGCUUCUGCUGUUGUAUUUGUACUGUACAGUACUGUAUGCCCCGUCAGAGUCCUUCUUGUCAAUAUACGUUUUCUUAGAGAUCAAAAGUAGAAACAUACUCAUAGUCUAUGCACGCACAAAA